CGCAGAGCGUUGUGUGCUCGGUGCUGCGCUGGUCGCUCCCCGGCGCACAUAAACUAUCUUCGCAACAUUGGUUCAUAUAUUGCAAUAGGUGCAUUGACGUAACCGGAAUACGUUCAAUCGAUUGUAAUGCUCCCUAAAAUAUACAUCGCCUUUAUUUCGUUACUGAUACUUUUGGAAGUCGUGCCCUUGAGCGCAAGAAUCGGCAGACACAGAACAAAGAGCAUGCAUAAAUCGAAGGCUAAGAAACCACACAUAUGUGUGGGAAGCACGUGGAAAACAAUAGGCAAGUACAGGUUCUGGCAGCGAGUGGCGUGUGCGCAGCGCAGAGCUGGCAGCAACACUACUGCGAACGUGGGUACAACGACGGACAUUAUGGACUUGUUGCCAAGCCAAGAAGCUGGCCCACCACGGAACGCCAGCUACGACCCCAACUACGGAUACGAACCCUACUGGGCCGAUGGAGGCUGGGUGUUUGAUAAAUUUGUCCCAAAUAAAACAGGGUCGAAAUAUAUUUGCGGGGUUCGAUGUUCCCUGAUAUUCAUCCAAUACGGGAAACUUUGUGCAAGGAACGACAGAGGUCAAAUAAAAAAUUUUGAGAGUUUUUGCGCUAUGAAGAGUUUCGACUGCAGAAAUAAAGACAAAUGGACACCAAUGUAUAGAGGAGAUUGCUUCAGAGAUUUGGAACCUUACUACACCAGAAAUAUCCUGUAUAGAGCACAAAAGGCUAUUGAGGACGUAAGCAAGCGACACAAACACCUUGAACCCUACGUUGGUAUUGCGUAACCGUGCAAUUAAACAAUUAUACUUUUAUAGCUUAUCUUUAAU